GACGACUGCAGACAUAAUGAAUUAUUGAUAUCAUACAUAUAAUUUGGAUCAAAUGGAAAUAAGCACCUUUGUGUGGUGUGAUUUGGAAGCGUUUCUAUAACCUGAUAUCGGGCAUCCCAGUCUAUAUGAACCGACGAACCGGAUUCUGGGCGGGCGAUAAUCUUAUCAUAAUUCAUUAUUUGUUAAUUAUUUUCUCAUUGACUGCUCUCUGUGGAUUUGAUCUCGAGUUGCUCCUUGGAUAGUCCGCAAACAGCUCUGUGGAUAUUGGCCAUUAUUCAUACACGGGAGGUGACAUAUGAAAUCCCAGGGACCCGUAUUUUCUCACGUCGCGAAAUUAAACAAUCAAAUUAGGACAUGGAUUUCAAAUUGGCUUGAAUGUGUACAACAGAUGACUGAGAUGGGGGACAGUAAUUGAAUAUUUACUCGACUGAAAGGAAAUAACCCCUACAGAGCUCUCAGCUUGUUGUGUUUUCAAUUGAUGUUAUUUGUUUAACGAACGGAGAACGGCUCUUAAUUUCAUCAUCUGAGAUGUAACGGUCCGCAAGAACAGACGAUGGAGUUCUAUAUUUGGGUGUUUUUAGCUUUUAUACCGUGUGUGUACAGCUCUAUACCGGUGAAGAACGACAACUGUACCUACUUGUUUGACAUGGAGAGGAACUCCAUUAAAGUCACUUGUUCCAAAAAUGUGACCGUCACAAUCCGCGGCAAAGGGAACACUAAGUUACUGACCGGCAAUGACCUAGCAAUGCGGUACUGGUUCGAGGCCAACCAAAACGCUCACAACAACAAAACCAUACGUUCUGGAAACUUUAACACGAAGGCUCUGAAUAAACUGAAAGGCGCCAAUCGGAUUCUGCGAAAAACCAAAAAGAUUCUGGGUAAACGGUUAGUUGCUCUAAACGUGACCUCCGGGGACCUGGAAGAGGGGGACGUAAAAUUGAAAAACGAUGUCGAAAUUUUGCAAAGGUAUCCCCCUGGGUCCAUAUUCGCUCACCAGUCCAUUGUCGCGGCCAUUUUGAAUCAGUACAAGUAUCUGCAGAUGGCGAUGCUGACGCAGAACAACGAAAUGAAACAGGUCGUCAAGUCCAUGACGUCAUUAGUUUCGGCCACCCAGAAGUCCAUCCGUAGUGUUAUGACGAUGGGCGAGGAAUUGCAAGAGCAGCUGGUUCUUCUCAAUACGGCACUUGUUCGUUGUAAUAUGACAAUCGUCAACAAGCAAAAAGACUACUGUCCCCGGAGACUGACGGCUAUCUACCCCUCCACAGACCGAGUGGUCAAGGUGGGAAUCACUGUGGGCGCCAUCAUGAAAGAUCCAGUUCCAGCCGGUUUGUACUGGGUGACGUAUGACUUCAGUGACAUCAACCAACUGGUCGGGUAUAGGACGCUUGAGGACUUUGAACUGGACCUUUCCCCUGAAAGACGAAAGCUUCCCUUUUUCUGUGAAGGUACUGGUCAUACGGUGUACAAGAAUCAAUUCUUUUGUCAAAAAAUGAUGACGAACAAAAUAGUGCGUUACAAUCUCAUGGAAUCUCGUUGGUUGGGAGAAUUAGAACUUCCGGGAGCCGGUGCGCAUGGUGCUUUUCCUUACCAAUCGGACCGGUUUAGCGACAUUGACUUUGCAACGGAUGAAUACGGACUCUGGGUAGUAUAUGCUUCCUCGGCGUCUAACGGGAACAUUAUGAUCAGUAAGAUUGACGAAGACAAUUUCACGAUAUCAGAAACCUGGACAACUUUGAUACCCAAACGAACUGUUGGAAACACUUUCAUGAUUUGUGGUGUUCUGUAUGCAACGGAAUCUUACACAAAGUCGCCAACGUUUAUAAAGUAUGUGUAUAAUACCCAAACUGGAGGCAACAAAGAACUUCAGAGCACAGAGCUUCCGUUUUCCAAUACGAUAAGGAAUGAGUUUGUCUCCAACUAUAUGCUUGACUAUAACCCGCUUGACCGGAAGUUGUACACUUGGAAUCACGGGAGAAUUGAAAUAUAUUCAACUAUGUCCGCAACAACGGAUUAGCAAUAAAUUUCAUAUUUUUAGAAGCAUUGGGGAGGGUGUCGGGGCAGAUAUUACAAGUCGUUUUAUCUUUUUUUAGGGUUUUGUAUUUUAUCAUUCUUACUACAUGUAGUUAUAUCUAUGAUAUGGUGUAUUUAUGUGUGGGUAAAGUGGACAUGAAAGAGACUAUUGAUUAGCGCAUCGUCAAUAAUACAUACACCGGCUCCCCUCAACAGUACCCUUAUCGUACUGUGUGUUAUCGGGAGUGAUUUAUGAGGGUACUAUCUCUAAUUGCAUUCCCUCGAAUUAAUUUUUUUUUUGCUACACACAACACAACACAAUGGUACUUUUCUGCAAUGACUCCAUGAGGAUUUAGAUUCAUUGUGUAAUGUUUCCGUAACAUCUGUUCGAUAUAGAAUAGCAUCCUUUGUUUUUUGUAACUUGUAAAAGUGUAUGUAAGGAAUAAUUUAAGUGCAUUCACUGUUAUUAUUUUUGUUAGAUACUUGGUAAUACAAUAGUAGUGGAAGGCAAUGAAUUUAUGCAAUGACUCCAUAAAAGGAUUUUGGUUUCAUUAACAUCUGUUCAAUAAAGAAUUUUAUUCCAUUU